AUGCAAAAAGUUACUUCGGCAAUUAAGCAACUAGCAACCGGUAACGCUCCAGACGAGUUCGACGAGUAUUUAAAUAUGUUCGAAAGGACUUCCCGAGAAAGUCUAGAAAAUUUUUGCGAAACGCGUGGAUACUAUCUUACCGAUGGAAUCUACCCUACUUGGUCCGUGUUUGUGAAAUCAUUUACGUAUCCUCACAUUGUGAAAGAAAAGAAGUUCAAGAAGCAACACGAGGCGGCAAGAAAAGACGUGGAGCGGGCUUUUGGUGUUUUAAAGGCAAAAUGGCAUAUACUUCAUCGCCCGAUGCGUGCUACGAGUGUUAAAAAAAUUAGGAUGGUCGUAUAUGCAUGCAUUAUUAUGCAUAAUAUGAUUCUAAAAGACGACGGAAAUGCGAUUGCACCGGUACAUAUUCGGGAUCCUCCAAUCGAGCCCGUUUUCGAAGACACUGCUUAUAACAAGCUCAUUGAUGAAGAUACGCAUUAUAGACUAAAAUAUGAUCUUGUGGAGCAUCUUGGAGAACAAGAUUUACCCCACCUUUUGGCGGAUUCCGGCGACGAAUAG